CCCUCAAUGACAUCACAAAACUAAACCAUUCCAAUUUCCUCAUAUCUCAUACAUCCUCAUAUCAUAUCUACUAUUUUUCUAUCUCUUCUCUCUCACCUUAUAUAUAUACAAAAAAUAUAUAUAUAUAUAUUAAUAGAGAUGGAUCGAGUAGCGAAAUUGGCAUCUCAGAAGGCAGUGGUGAUCUUCAGCAAGAGCUCAUGUGGGAUGUGCCACGCGAUUAAGAGGCUUUUCUACGAGCUAGGGGUAGGCCCUGCAAUAUGUGAGCUUGACGAAGACUCGAGAGGGAAGGAAAUAGAAAGGUGUCUCAUGAGAUUGGGGUGCAACCCCUCUGUGCCAGCUGUUUUCAUUGGUGGCAAGUUUGUGGGUUCAGCCAACACAGUGAUGACCCUUCACCUCAAUGGCUCAUUAAAGAAAAUGCUCAGAGAUGCUGGAGCACUUUGGCUUUAGAAACCAAAGUAUGCCAACAGCAACAGCAACACCCUAAUUAAUAAGGCCUUAUAAUCAUAACCAAAUAUCAUAUCCGCGAUCGAGCCCGCCCCUUUUUUUUUUAGAAUGAUAAUUUGCGCUUCCUUCCUUUGUACUUUUUCUUUACACUAUCUUUUUUUAAGAUUAAAACAAAAGAAAGAGUGUGUGUGUUGAGAUAUCUAUUUACCAGGAUAAUCUUUAGACAGUGUACUACAAUCUAAUUGUGAGUUACACAGCUCUAGCUUCUGGGUGCAAUGUUUGACUUUUAAUUUAUCUUUAAUUUGGAGUACUGACGCCCUGAUUGAUCAGAAAUUUAUGGUUACAAUAUCAACCCAUUGUUUGU